AUGGACGGGCUGAUUCCGUUUCUGUUCCACGCGAUGAAGAAGCACAGCAACAACAACAACAAGCCGCACCACCACCACCACCGCCGCUCCAUGUCUUUCUCCGAGGGCUCCACCAGGAGCUACCACUUGCUCGUCCAACCGGACUCCUUCAGCGGCUCAUCUCAUCAUCGCCGGACAAGGUCGGAGUUUCAGAUGCCGCCUCCGGCCGCCGCUGAUUUCUCCGGCCAGACGUCCGGCCAGCAUGAUCUGCUUCGCUCCAGCAGCCUCAGGAAGCGCCACGCCCCUGUUAGUAUUCCUACUGCUGGUGCUGGUGGUGAAUCCAAGUACGCGGUGGCCGGCAGCAAAGCCGCCGCCGGGAAUGUCAAUGUCAACGACGGUCGUGGGGCGAUGCAUGGCGGCCACUAG